UCCUCAAACCGCUCCCGAAAUAAAAUCCCCACACUUCUCACCACUUCCGUCAUAAUUACCCCCACCACCCUCCAUCCUCUUCAAUUUAAACUCGGCCCCAUCUCUCCUCCUCCUCCUCCUCAAUGGAUCCUUCUCCUAAACCCACCCCAACAAAGCGCAGCCUCAUGAGCUCUCUGAUGCAAGCAGCCCCCUCCUCUUUCAAAGAAGACUCCUACCUUCUCUCAACCCUCAAAACCAAUGAGCAAAAUUCACUCAAAGCCCUCAAAACCCUCCUCAAUUCCUCUCACACCCCCGUUUCUCUAUGGGGCGUCGACCUUUUAGAUGAAACCGACGAGCGUGCAGACGUCCUCCUCCUCAAGUUCCUGCGCGCACGCGACUUCAACCCGGCGCACGCGCAUGCCAUGCUGCUAAAAUGCGCCAAGUGGAGGGAGGAGUUCAAUGCCGACGGGGUUUUGGAGGAGGAGCUUGGGUUUAAGGAGCUAGAGGGGGUUGUUGCUUAUAUGCACGGUUGGGAUAAAGAAGGGCACCCUGUUUGCUACAAUUCUUAUGGGGUUUUUAAGGAAAAAAAUAUGUUUGAUAAAUUUUUUGGAGAUGGAGAGAAAUUGAAGAGAUUUUUGAGGUGGAGGGUUCAAGUGAUGGAGAGGGGAGUUAGAUUGCUUCAGUUUAAGCCUGGAGGAGUGAACUCCAUCGUUCAAGUCACUGAUCUUAAGGAUAUGCCUAAAGGGGAGCUCAGAGCUGCGUUGAAGCAAGUUCUGUUUCUGUUUCAGGAUAAUUAUCCCGAGAUGGUUGCUCGAAAGGUGUUCGUCAAUGUUCCUUGGUACUUCAGUGUGCUGUACUCUGUGGUUAGUCCUUUUUUGACUGAGAGGACUAAGAGCAAGUUUCUUAUUGCCAAAGAAGGGAACGUUGCUGAGACCCUCUACAAGUUCAUUAGGCCAGAGUUCGUUCCAGUUCAGUACGGUGGAUUGAGCAGAGCAGGGGAUUUAGAGAAUGGUGGCCCUCCAAAGCCUGCUUCAGAGUUCACAAUCAAAGGAGAAGAGAAAGUGAACCUCGAGAUUGAUGGCAUCGAGAGUGGAGCCACAAUUACGUGGGACAUCGUAGUUGGUGGCUGGGACUUAGACUACAGUGCUGAGUACGUGCCAGGUGCUGAGGGGAGCUACAUAGUCUCAGUGGAGAAAACUAGAAAAAUUCCUUCAAGUUUUGAAGGGCCAGUUCAUAAUGUGUUCACCGCAAAAGAAGCUGGAAAAAUGGUGAUUUGUAUAGAUAAUACAAGCUCGAGGAGAAGGAAGGCUGCCGCUUACAGAUACUCUGUUCGCAAAUCCUCUUCAGUUUAGUUAUAGAUUUUAGUGGUGUCAUUGGCUUCUGAUAGUUAAGCGGUUUAAUGUAAGGAAUGUUAUUAAAGUGGGUUUAAUCUGAAGUUUUUACUGCUUGUAAUUUUUGAAAUGUUGGGGGGCUGAAAUGAUGAGAAAUUUGAAAAAUUGGAGGGGGCGGAAGUCACGGGGGGUUAGCGUGCUAGCGAUGAUAGCGUCUGCCUUCAGCUCGGCUCUUUCUCGUUUGUCGAGGAGACAUUGUGAUUAAAGAAGCGUAAAUUGCGGCGACCAUUUUCUCUAGUUUUCUUCAUGUGGCUUUUUGUUUGCGGGUUGCAAAAGGUUUCUCUAAUUUGGGGGCCUCAUGAAAUUGCUUUUUUUUUUCUGGGCCUCGUGAAAUUUGGAGGAACGGUUGCUACCGCAUGACCUUUUUUCA